AUGCAUGUAGUUCCGGGCCUGCCUGGUAACGGGCUGGCGAACCUAACAGGCUCCGUGCGAGGCGGAGGGGGCAGGCAUGCCAAAAGCCAGUCACUACCAGGGGCGAUCGACCCGCCGAGCGGUGGACUCGAGCCAAUCGCUCGCGCGCAUGGUCGCCAGACCAAUCCUGGCCUAUCGGUUGGCGCAGGCUAUGCUCAUCGAGACGUGCGAGCGCCAUCGGAUACAGGCUAUUUGGCUGGUGGUGUCGCUCAGCGUCGGGAUGCCCUGGAGGUCCAAUCGUCGCGUAGGACGUGGCGUCGCGUUCACAGCAACCCCGAGAGCGCCUUCUCGGCGCGCGAGAGCACGUUCCCGGCGCGCGAGAGCAUCCUUCCGGCGCGCGAGAGCCGUUUCAAGCCAUAUGCUCCUCUCUCGUCGGGCAAGGCCCGCCGCGCUUCUGGUUCCAACGUUGGACCAUCUCAUGCAAGUGCUUCGACGAGCACCGGUGGCGGUAUACAGCACGCAGGCGUGCUUCGGAAGAACGUUCAUGGCCCUGGUAAGCAUGCUGGUCGUGCCUACAUGACAGACGAGCUCGAGGCUGUGAACCGCAGGCCGCCUGUUGUCAUUGGGUGGCAGUCGGGCUCGAACGCGUACAACUUGGAAGAUGAGCUCGAUCAGGCUGAGCUCGAGGACUUGAUUCGGCCCGCGUCCCUGUCGGAGCUUGCGUCCAACCCGUCCUCGCAGACUUUGGGCUCGCCAAGGGAUACGUGA